UUCAUAAUAAUUAAUAACCAUUGUUCCAGAUGUGGGCAUUGUUAUGUCUCGCGGUCAGCGUGUGCGCUGCGCAUGGGCUCCGCGUGGGCGUGGGCAUCGCUGACGUCACCGGACCCCCAGCAGAGAUCGGCUUUAUGGGGUACGCGAAUUUCGAGCAGAGCGGACAGGGAAUUCAUUUGCGUCAGUUCGCGCGUGCGUUCGUGAUCGCCGAUGACAACAGCCGGCUUGUUUUCGUCUCCGUAGACGCUGCUAUGAUGGGCAACGGAAUAAGGAAAGAGGUAUUAAAGCGUCUACAGAAGCGUUUCGGCGAUUUGUACACAGAGAACAAUGUGAUACUGAGUGGUACACACACGCACUCCACGCCGGGAGGCUUUCUUAUGGACUUCCUCUUUGACCUGCCCAUACUUGGCUUUGUUAAAGAGACAUACGUUGCUUAUAUUGCUGGAAUACUAAAGGUAAAUACGAAUAUAUAA